AUGGGAAACGAUGAGGAUUUGAUUGUAUUGGGUGAUGUAGAAGAAGGUGAAAUCUCCGAUGGUUCAUCAAAGGAAGAGAUGGCGGGAAAAGAUUCCGGUGAAGUUAAGCUGACUACUACUACGACGGUUGGUGGCGGAGAUGCCGAUGGUUAUCCUGGUUAUCGUGGAUACGCGAAUUCGGGUUUGUACAAUUUCGCUUGGGCUCAAGCUGUGCAGAACAAACCUUUGGGAAUGGAUUGUGAUCCAAGAGAGAGUAAGAAGGAGGAAGGUGAUAGGAUUUCUGCUGCUUCUCAUGAGACGGAAACUACUGAAUCAGUUGUCUUGUCUAGUGGUAACAAAGCUGAUGAUGUUCGUGUUCAGAAGGAGAGAGAUUUGGAGAAGAAAGUGAAACUCAUUCGUGGGGUUUUGGAGAGUACUUCGUUGGUUGAAGCACAGACAGCAUUUGAAGGAGUUUGUUCCAGACUUUUUGGGGCUUUGGAAUCUUUGCGAGAGCUGGUUUCAGACUAUGAUGAUUUCCCGAAGAGGGAUACUUUAGUUCAACUGUCAUUUGCUUCUCUUCAGACCAUUAACUCUGUAUGGUUUAACUCAAGAUCUGUUGGCCUGAAGUGCGCUAUUGUGUUUUGCUCGAUGAACAAUAUUUCCAAGGAGGUUAAUAAGGAGACUAUGUCAAGAUUGUUAUCCCUUGUAAAUGACCAUUUUUCCCGGUAUCUCUCAUCCAACCAAAUCAACGAGGUGUGUUCCUUUGGCUCACCUGUUGAAAUAGCAGAAGUCAUAAUCUGUCCCACUAUUCAAAAACCUCAGGAAGCAUGCCUUAGCAUACAGGCCAUUAUUCAGAAUUUAAACCGUUCUGCUAUUGCACUUUCUGCUGGAACCAGCAGUGAGGAGAAUGUUAACCGAAUGACUCAGACAAGUAAUGGUGAUUCGGUUCUUGCCAAAAAGCUGUCUUUAGAAGGUACACAUCGAGGAGCCUUCUAUGUAAGGAGUAGGUUGCCUCUGCUAGACCUUCAUAAGGAUCAUGAUGCGGACAGCCUUCCGUCACCAACAAGGGAAACAACUCCAAAUUUACCCGUAAAUGGUCGACAUACAAUGGUUAAACCAUGUUUUCCAAUUGGUAAAGAGGGCCAAGCGACUGAAGGUGCCAAAGUCUAUCCAUAUGAGAGUGAGGCCUUCAAAGCAGUUUCUACCUACCAGAAAAAAUUUGGUAUUAACUCAACAUUUAAGACAGAUGACCUUCCAAGCCCAACACCAUCAGGAGAACAAAAUGAUGGCAAUGGGGACACUGGUGGAGAGGUUUCCAGUUCUGUCGUUACAAGCUCGAAGCCGGGAACUCUCCUGAUUUAUGGGCAAGACGUUCCUUUGCCCUCUAACUAUAGUUCUAGAAGCGGACCUGUUGGAAUUCCUGUUUCUAGCGCUCUUCCACCACAUCAUAUGUCAUUAAAUGGCAAUUCUGCACCAACUUGUGCUACUCACCCAAAUCUUGCGUCUGAUCAGACAUUAAAACCUUCUGGAAAGAGUAGAGAUCCAAGACUACGGCUUGCGAAACCUGAUUGUGACAUUGCAAAUCCGUACUCUUCCGAUGAUGCUAAAAAUCUUUGUAAAGAAGAGCCUUCUGCAGACUUGGUGAACGCAAGAAAGCAAAAAGCUGCUGACGAACUUCUUAUUGAUGGACCUGCAUGGAAAAGGCAAAAGAGUGAUAAGGAUGCACCAAAGGCAGCUGGAAUUGGUGGCUGGCUAGAGGAUACAGAUUCACCGGGGCUUCAAAUGUCAGAAUUCAAGCCCAAACUAACUGAUAAUGGUGUAACAUCUAUGACAACAAGUGUAAUGCCCACGAGUAAUGUUUCUGUGAGCCAAAAAGUACCGAUGACAGAUUCAACUGAUGCUGGAACAGUAUCUUUGCUUUUGAAGGAUAUUGCAGUAAAUCCUACACUGCUACUGAAUUUCCUUAAUAAAAUGGGAGAAAGGCAAAAGGUAUCUGAAAAAGCUCCUCAGAAGCCCAUGGAUCCGAGAAGAGCAGCACAACUUCCUGGCUCUUCCGUGCCACCAGGGGUAGCUUUACCGCUUAGUAUACCUGCAUCAAGUGCUUUGACUGCUAAUAUUUCAAAGUCAGGAGUGCUUCAGGAUUCUUCCCAAUAUGCCCCCUCAGACGAAUCUGGAAGCAUCCGCAUGAAACCACGUGAUCCUCGCCGAAUCCUGCAUGGAAGUACUCUUCAGAGAACGGAUUCUUCAAUAGAAAAGCAGUCCAAAUUGAAUGACUCCCCCACUUUGGGAACCCUGGCUAUGAAACGUAAGUCAGAAGAGUUAGAAACGCCCUCCCAAGUUGCUCCAUGGCAAAAUAUCAGCCAGAAUGGUACCAGCAAAAUGAAAAUUUCCGGUGAACUUCUCAGCGGAAAGACACUAGAUAUUUCAACACAGUUCACCAAAAAUCUGAAAAAUAUUGCUGAUAUGGUUGUCUUAUCACAACAAGUUUGCAAUCCCCCAGCAACUUCUCAUUCAAAAGAACUUAAGACAGACAAAGACUCUAAACAUAAUCCUUCAAACCUAAACGACCAGGAGGAGGGUGUGUCAAUUUGUGCAGCUGGUCCCACUCGUUCCACGAAUUGUUGGGGAGAUGUGGAACACUUAUUYGAAGGAUAUGAUGACACGCAGAGAGUUGCUAUCCAAAAAGAGAGAGCUCGGAGGUUAGAGGAACAGAAGAAAAUGUUUGCAUCUCAGAAGCUCUCUCUUGUUUUGGAUUUAGACCACACUCUUCUCAAUUCAGCUAAGUUUCAUGAGGUCGAAUCCGCCCACGACUUGAUAUUGAGAAAGAAGGAAGAACAAGAUCGUGAGAAACCAUAUAGACAUCUGUUUCGCUUCUCCCACAUGGGAAUGUGGACUAAAUUGAGACCAGGGAUUUGGAAUUUUUUGGAGAAGGCUAGCAAGCUGUACGAGUUACAUCUUUACACUAUGGGCAACAAAUUGUAUGCUACAGAGAUGGCCAAACUGCUUGAUCCCAAAGGGGUUCUCUUUAGUGGACGAGUCAUAUCAAAAGGAGAUGAUGGAGAUCCUCUUGAUGGAGAUGAACGAGUACCCAAGAGCAAAGAUUUAGAAGGAGUUAUGGGUAUGGAAUCGUCUGUGGUAAUCAUCGACGAUUCUGUCCGAGUGUGGCCUCGUAACAAAAUGAACUUAAUAGUUGUUGAAAGAUAUACUUAUUUCCCUUGCAGUAGACGUCAAUUUGGGCUUCUUGGUCCUUCUCUUCUUGAGGUAGAUCACGAUGAGGUUCCUGAGGAGGGCACAUUGGCAUCUACAUUAGCGGUUAUUGAGAGAAUACAGAAAAAUUUCUUCUCGCACACUUCACUAGAGGAAGCGGAUGUGAGGGCUAUUUUAGCUUCUGAGCAACGAAAGAUUCUGGCUGGUUGUCGGAUUGUAUUUAGCCGGAUAAUCCCAGUGGGUGAAGCCAAACCACAUUUGCACCCCUUGUGGCAAACCGCUGAGCAGUUUGGUGCUGUCUGCACAACUCAGGUGGAUGAACAUGUCACUCAUGUUGUCACCAAUUCUCUUGGAACUGACAAGGUAAAUUGGGCGCUAGCCAAUGGUAGAUUUGUUGUUCAUCAUGGCUGGGUGGAAGCAUCAGCUUUUCUGUAUAGGAGAGCAAACGAGAACGAUUUUCCCAUCAAACCAUAA